AUGGCGGCCGCCGGCGGAGGGGGGCUCCGGUGCGUGGCCGGAGAGCUUCCCAGGCCGCCGGCGAACGUGCUGGGGGCCGCCGCCGUGGGGCCGGGGCCCCAGGCGGCGCCCCAGCCGCAGCAGGAGCCGGCAGAGAAGAUCGACGAAGGCACCCGCGGUCUGAGCUUCCUCUACUACCGUGGCAGCGGCGCCGGCGCCGGCGCCGCCUCCGUCGCCGGCAGCCUGGAGCUUUGCACUGAGAGCCUGGGUUUCGAGAGCUGCUGCGACGGGAAGAUGGGCGUGGAGGAAGAGAAGACGGAGAUGGAGAUACGGCGGCGGAUAGAGGAGACCAGUUGCAGGAAGGCGGCUAGGCCCUCGAAGAGGAGGACGGAGACGAGGGAGUUCCCUCCGCCGCUGCCGUGGCUCUCUGCUGGUGGCGGGAAAGGCUACCUGAAGGCCGUGAAGAAGGACGGCCGCCUGGUCCUGACAGAGGUUCGUCUCCGGCGGCCGGAGAUACUCCGCGCCUCCCGCCACGGGGGCCGGCUGCGGUUGGAGCUCAUUAAGCCGCCGGUGCCGGAGGAGGAGGAGACGACCGGAAAGGUGGCGGAAGAGGACUGGACGUUGCAGAGCCGCCGGCGACCGGCGGCGCCGCCGGGUGGGCAAAUGCGCAGCGGCGGAUUCGGGAGGAGGUGCCAGGAGGCGGUCCGGGAGGGGCUGAUGCUGCCGCCGCCGCCCUUCUGGGGCGCCCCCCGGUUCGUGACGACGGCGUGA